AUGGCAGAGCUGGGCGGGGCGUCGCCCGGCACGGGCGGAGGCAUCGGGAGCUCGGCGGGGCCUGGAGCGACGGACCCGGCCUCACUGCCCCCUGGCGAUGCACAGCUCAUCGUGGGGCAGCUCAAGAGCCGCGGCCUCUUUGACGCCUUCCGCAGGGACUGCGUGGCCGAUGUCGACACCAAGCCAGCCUACCAGAAUUUGAGACAGAAAGUGGACAACUUUGUGUCUACACACCUGGAUAAGCAGGAAUGGAACCCAGCAAUGAACAAAAACCAGUUGCGGAAUGGCGUUAUUCAGUCGGGGGUGCUGGAAGCUGGAGUGGACAGAAUUAUUUCUCAGGUGGUGGAUCCAAAACUAAACCACAUCUUCAGGCCACAGAUAGAGAAGGCAAUUCAUGAUUUCCUGGCUGCACAGAAGAAAGAGGACUUGGUGCCAGCUCCUCCCCCGGAGCCGGAGAGUCAGGAUCCUUCCCCUCCAUCUCAAGAUGCCUCGUAAGUGCAUUUCUGGUGUUAAAGCAGCUGCAGUUGCAAAACCCAGACUGAAUCUGGCAGUGGGCUACAUACAUAUCUGCAGGAAUACAGUUUGUUAACUAAUAUCAACCGUGGUUGAAGGGAGGUGUUGGCAAAAGUCACAUGUGGUUUCUACGCAGUGCGGAGGGAUUGGUUAAAUGUUGAAAAUGUAUUGCUAUGGGCAGAA